UGUAUCUCCAUAAUGAGAAAAAAAUGAACAACUUUAUAAGGUAUCUUAAAUUCUCUCCACCUCCACUAGUAGAGACCCCUUGGCCUUUCUCCUCUGUUUCCUAAGCCAAAUUUUCUCGGGAGAAAGAUUUACAUUUCAUUUCCUUUUUUUUUAUUUGUUUCGGUCUUGCUCCUCUUCUUCCUUCCUUCGUCGAAUCUCUAAAUAAUGGGUUCGGGAGAAAAAAAUAUCAAAAGCUUCCAUCAAAAUCGUUCUAGUAACGUGAAAAGCAGUAGCAAACAAGGGAUAAAAGAUGUUCCAAAAGGGUGUUUAGCAAUAAAAGUGGGAUCAAAAGAAGAGGAGAGACAAAGAUUUGUUGUUCCUGUUGUUUAUUUCAACCAUCCAUUGUUCAUGCAGCUCUUAAGGGAAGCAGAGGAAGAGUAUGGAUUCGAGCAGAAAGGUACCAUCACAAUCCCUUGCCACGUGGAGGUUUUUCGAUAUGUUCAAGACAUGAUCGACAGAGAGAGAUCGGUUAAUUACCAUAGUAAUCAUCAUCAUGAUCAUCAUAGCCACAAUCAUCUUGUUGGGUGUUUUAGAGCUUGAUGAUGAUGAGCCUCAUCUUGACGCAACCAAGCAAAAGGGAUAUAAAAUAAUAAUUUGUCUUUUCUUUUUUUCUAGUCUUUUAUUAUCCUUUUUAAAAAAAAAAAUUAAAGGGGUUUGAUCUUGUGGAGUUGUGGAGCCAAACACGGCCUAACCCACAAGAUUAGGAGUAGAAAGUUGUAAGUGGUGUGUGAAAAUGUAUAAUUAUAAAUAAAAUGUGAAGUUACAUGAACAAUGUUACUUGUUCCAUCUAUAAAAAUUUCUAGUG